AUUGGGGGGAACAUGAGAGUAAGAGGAUUCACUACACGUGUCCAUCUGUCAGCUUCUACCUCUCUUUCGGUAUAAAAGACAUCAGACAACUUUGGAUUAUUUAGUCUUGUUUGUGCAACGCUAUAAACAUCACCACAAUCAUGAAAGUGUGCACGUUAGCAGUUGCACUGCUACUCCUGGGAGUAGUAACAGCCUUCCCCCGGCAAAAAGACGGUGACCUUUUCAGUUCUGAAGCCAUAAAACAGGCACAGAAUAGUUAUCUCCUUCCCCCAGAUGCGAUAAUUCAUAAAGUCCAAGAAGGAAUUGAAGUGGGAGCUUACGAGUCGAUCCCGGGCGAUCACAAGAUCAAUCUCUUCGAGAUUUUGAAGGGUCAGGUGCCCCCAGAGGUCAUCAACAAUCUUCAGCAACAGGUCGACCUAAUUGGGCGUCAUUAACUUAUGGAAAAGGAAAUUUAAUUAAUUAGUGACGACGAUGAAGCGAUUCAUCUAGAUUUUGAAUUUUUUUACUUCCCAGAUGUUUUACAUAUAUUUCUAAUAAAAAGUUUUUUUUUA